GGGAGUGAGAGAGAGAAUAGCGCCGAAAUAGAUGCUGGAAGAUCUGCACAGUGGUGUGGCGUUGAGCAACAUCAUAUUUAGAGGGAGAGCGGUUUAUUCGUUUGAACAGUUGCCCUCACUUCUUCUCUGAUAUACACAGGUGGCGUAUUUUUGGCUCUGGUAACUCCCAAAGAUGGCUCAGCGGAGUGGGCAGGAGGACCCAGAGCGGUACCUGUUUGUGGACCGGGCCGUGGUCUACAACCCGACCACGCAGGCGGACUGGACCGCCAAGAAGCUGGUCUGGAUCCCGUCGGAGCGGCACGGGUUCGAGGCGGCCAGCAUUCGGGAGGAGCGGGGCGAGGAGGUCCUGGUGGAGCUGGCGGAGAACGGGAAGAAGGUGAAGGUGAACAAGGACGACAUCCAGAAAAUGAACCCGCCCAAAUUCAGCAAGGUGGAGGACAUGGCCGAGCUGACCUGUCUGAACGAGGCGUCUGUGCUCCACAACCUGAAAGACCGCUACUAUUCAGGCCUUAUCUACACGUACUCUGGGUUGUUUUGUGUGGUGAUAAACCCCUAUAAGAACCUGCCCAUCUAUUCAGAGAACAUCAUUGAGAUGUAUCGGGGGAAGAAGAGACACGAGAUGCCCCCCCACAUCUACGCCAUCUCAGAGACGGCCUACCGAUGCAUGCUCCAAGAUCGUGAGGACCAAUCUAUCUUGUGCACGGGCGAAUCAGGCGCCGGGAAGACUGAAAACACCAAAAAGGUCAUCCAGUACCUGGCCCACGUCGCCUCCUCCCACAAAGGACGAAAAGACCACAACAUUCCUCCUGACUCGCCUAAACCCAUGAAGUUCCAGGGUGAGCUGGAGCGUCAGCUUCUACAGGCCAACCCCAUCCUCGAGUCCUUCGGGAACGCCAAAACGGUGAAGAACGACAACUCGUCACGCUUCGGCAAAUUCAUACGCAUCAACUUUGAUGUCACUGGCUACAUCGUGGGCGCCAACAUCGAAACCUACCUUCUGGAAAAGUCCAGAGCGAUCCGUCAGGCCAAAGAUGAGAGGACCUUCCACAUCUUUUACCAGCUCCUGGCCGGAUCCGGAGAACAUCUCAAAUCUGACCUGCUCCUGGAGGGCUUCAAUAACUACCGUUUCCUGUCCAAUGGCAACAUUCCCAUUCCGGGCCAGCAGGAUAAGGACAACUUCCAGGAGACUAUGGAAGCCAUGAGGAUCAUGAGCUUCUCCCAUGACGAGAUCCUGUCCAUGUUGAAGGUGGUGUCAGCUGUGCUUCAGUUUGGAAACAUUGUCUUUAAGAAAGAGAGGAACACCGACCAGGCCUCCAUGCCUGAAAACACAGCUGCUCAGAAGCUGUGCCAUUUGUUGGGGAUGAAUGUGAUGGAGUUCACCCGCGCCAUCCUGACCCCACGCAUCAAAGUCGGCCGAGACUAUGUCCAGAAAGCCCAAACCAAAGAGCAGGCUGAUUUUGCAGUGGAGGCACUGGCGAAGGCCACGUAUGAGAGGUUGUUCCGUUGGCUGGUUCACCGCAUUAACAAAGCUCUGGACCGGACCAAACGGCAGGGCGCCUCUUUCAUCGGGAUCCUGGACAUCGCCGGAUUUGAGAUCUUUGAGCUGAACUCCUUUGAGCAGUUGUGUAUUAAUUACACUAACGAGAAGCUGCAGCAGCUGUUCAAUCACACCAUGUUCAUCCUGGAGCAGGAAGAGUACCAGCGCGAGGGCAUCGAGUGGAGCUUCAUCGACUUUGGCCUGGACCUGCAGCCCUGCAUCGACCUCAUCGAGAGACCGACCAACCCUCCUGGUGUGUUGGCCCUGCUGGAUGAGGAGUGCUGGUUCCCCAAGGCCACAGACAAAACCUUUGUGGACAAAGUGCUCCAGGAACAGGGAACACACCCCAAAUUCCAGAAACCACGGCAACUGAAGGACAAAGCCGACUUCUGCAUCAUCCACUACGCAGGCAGGGUGGACUAUAAGGCAGAUGAAUGGUUGAUGAAGAAUAUGGAUCCUCUGAAUGAUAACGUGGCCACUCUACUGCACCAGUCAACAGACAAGUUUGUCGCAGAGCUCUGGAAGGAUGUGGACCGUAUCGUGGGUCUGGACCAGGUUGCGGGCAUGGCGGAGACGGCGUUUGGGGCGGCCUAUAAGACGAAGAAGGGUAUGUUCCGUACGGUGGGUCAGCUCUAUAAGGAGCAGCUGGCCAAACUCAUGGCCACUCUGAGAAACACUAACCCCAACUUCGUCCGCUGUAUCAUCCCCAACCACGAGAAGAGGGCGGGUAAACUGGAUCCCCACCUGGUUCUGGACCAGUUGAGGUGUAAUGGGGUUCUGGAGGGGAUUCGUAUCUGCAGACAGGGUUUCCCCAACCGCAUCGUCUUCCAGGAGUUCAGACAGAGGUAUGAAAUCCUUACUCCCAAUGCUAUUCCCAAAGGCUUCAUGGAUGGAAAACAGGCCUGUGAGAGGAUGAUCCGGGCGUUGGAACUGGACUCCAACCUGUUCCGGAUCGGGCAGAGUAAGAUUUUUUUCCGGGCCGGGGUUCUGGCCCACCUGGAGGAGGAGCGGGACCUGAAGAUCACCGACAUCAUCAUCUACUUCCAGGCCGUCUGCCGCGGCUACCUGGCCCGCAAGGCGUUUGCCAAGAAGCAGCAGCAGUUGAGUGCACUGAAGGUCUUACAGAGGAACUGUGCUGCCUACCUGAAGCUCCGUCACUGGCAGUGGUGGAGACUCUUCACCAAGGUGAAGCCACUGCUGCAGGUAACCCGUCAGGAGGAAGAGAUGCAGGCCAAGGAUGAGGAGCUGGUGAAGGUGAAGGAGAAACAGAGUAAAGUGGAAGGAGAGCUGGUGGAGAUGGAGAGAAAACACCAACAGCUGCUGGAGGAGAAGAACAUCCUAGCGGAGCAGCUUCAGGCGGAGACGGAGCUGUUCGCCGAGGCAGACGAGAUGCGCGCCCGUCUGGUUGCCAAGAAACAGGAGCUGGAGGAGAUCCUUCACGACCUGGAGUCUCGCGUGGAGGAGGAGGAGGAGCGGAACCAGGGUCUGCAGAACGAGAAGAAGAAGAUGCAAGCACACAUCCAGGAUCUGGAGGAGCAGUUGGAUGAAGAAGAAGCAGCGAGACAGAAGCUCCAGCUGGAGAAGGUCACGGCCGAAGCGAAAAUCAAGAAAUUUGAGGAGGACAUCCUGGUCCUGGAGGACCAGAACUCCAAGUUCUCGAAGGAAAAGAAACUUCUGGAAGACCGUGUGAGCGAGGUGACCUCAUUGCUGGCUGAGGAAGAGGAGAAAGCCAAGAACCUGAGCAAACUGAAAAACAAACAGGAGAUGAUGAUGGUGGACUUGGAAGAGCGUCUGAAGAAAGAGGAGAAGACCAGGCAGGAACUGGAGAAGGCGAAGAGAAAACUGGAUGCUGAGACCACAGACCUGCAGGACCAGAUCGCUGAGCUGCAGGCCCAGAUAGAGGAGCUCAAAGCCCAGCUGGCGAAAAAGGAGGAGGAGCUUCAGGCCAUGCAGGCCAGAGGAGAUGAGGAGGUGGCUCAGAAGAAUAACGCCUUAAAGCAGGUGCGGGAGCUGCAGGCCCAGGUCGCGGAGCUGCAGGAAGACCUGGAGUCGGAGAAGACCGCCCGAAACAAAGCUGAGAAACUGAAGAGGGACCUGAGUGAGGAACUGGAGGCUCUGAAGACUGAACUGGAGGACACACUGGACACCACUGCUGCCCAGCAGGAGCUCAGGACAAAGCGCGAGCAGGAGGUGGCGGAGCUGAAGAAGGCCAUCGAUGAGGAGGCGAAAAAUCACGAGGCUCAGAUAGUGGAGAUGAGACAGAGACACGCCACAGCACUGGAGGAGCUCUCAGAGCAGCUGGAGCAGGCCAAGAGAUUCAAGGCUAACCUGGAGAAGAAUAAGCAGACUCAGGAGAGUGUGAAUAAGGAGCUGGCUGUGGAGGUGAAGGCGCUGCAGCAGACUAAAGCUGAAUCUGAACACAAACGCAAAAAACUGGAGGCCCAGCUACAGGAGGUCACGGCCCGCGUCACAGAGGGAGAGAGAACCAAGGGAGAACUGGCCGAAAGGUCCCACAAACUACAGGCUGAACUGGACAACGUGUCUGCUCUACUGGAGGAGGCCGAGAGGAAGGGUAUCAAACUGGCCAAAGACGCCGCUGGACUGGAGAGCCAGCUGCAGGACACGCAGGAGCUCCUGCAGGAGGAGACGCGUCAGAAACUGAACCUGAGCAGCCGAAUCCGCCAGCUGGAGGAGGAUAAGAGCAACCUGCAGGAGCAACAAGAGGAGGAGGAGGAGGCGCGCAGGAACCUGGAGAAACAGCUCGCCACUCUACAGGCACAGCUGGUGGAGUCUAAGAAGAAGCUGGAGGAUGACGUGGGCGUUUUGGAAGGGUUGGAGGAGACCAAGAGGAAGCUGCAGAAAGACAUGGAGGUGGCCAACCAGCGUCUGGAGGAGAAAGCCAUAGCCUUUGAGAAACUGGAGAAGACGAAAACGCGCCUCCAGCAGGAGCUGGAGGACCUGACGGUGGACCUGGACCACCAGAGACAGAUCGUCUCCAACCUGGAAAAGAAACAAAAGAAGUUUGAUCAGAUGCUGGCGGAGGAGAAGUCGAUCUCGGCGCGGUAUGCUGAGGAGAGAGACCGGGCGGAGGCGGAGGCCAGGGAGAAGGAGACCAAGGCGCUGUCCCUGGCCCGGGCUCUGGACGAGGCUCUGGAGGCCAAAGAGGAGUACGAGAGACUCAACAAACAGCUCCGCUCUGAGAUGGAGGACCUCAUGAGCUCCAAAGAUGACGUGGGCAAGAACGUGCACGAGCUGGAGAAGUCAAAGAGAGGGAUGGAGCAGCAGUUGGAGGAGAUGCGGACCCAGCUGGAGGAGCUGGAGGACGAGCUGCAGGCCACGGAGGACGCCAAGCUGAGACUGGAGGUGAACAUGCAGGCCAUGAAGGCCCAGUACGAGAGAGACCUGCAGGGCCGCGACGAGCAGAACGACGAGAAGAAGAGGCUUCUGGUCAAACAGGUGAGAGAGAUGGAGGCUGAGCUGGAGGAUGAGAGGAAGCAGAGAGCUUUGGCUGUAGCCGCCAAGAAGAAGAUGGAGAUGGACCUGAAAGAUCUGGAGGGACAGAUCGAGGCAGCGAACAAGGCUCGCGACGAAGCCAUUAAACAGCUACGCAAACUCCAGGCUCAGAUGAAAGAUUACCAGAGAGAGCUGGAGGAUGCUCGUGCCUCCAGAGACGAGAUCUUCACUCAGUCCAAGGAGAAUGAGAAGAAACUGAAGAGUCUGGAAGCAGAGAUUCUCCAGCUGCAGGAGGAUCUGGCAGCGUCAGAGCGGGCUCGGCGCCAUGCUGAACAGGAACGAGACGAGCUGGCCGACGAGAUCUCUAACAGCGCCUCCGGAAAGUCUGCUCUGUUGGAUGAGAAAAGGCGUUUGGAGGCUCGUAUUGCUCAGUUGGAGGAGGAGUUGGAGGAGGAGCAGAGCAACAUGGAGCUCCUCAACGACCGCUUCCGCAAAACCACUCUGCAGGUGGACUCUCUGAGUACAGAGUUAGCGGGGGAGCGGAGCGCGGUUCAGAAGAGUGAGAACGCGCGGCAGCAGUUGGAGAGGCAGAAUAAGGAGCUGAAGGCCAAGCUCCAGGAGCUGGAGGGCUCGGUGAAGAGCAGGUUCAAAGCCUCCAUCGCCGCCCUGGAGGCCAAGAUCAUCCAACUGGAGGAGCAGCUGGAACAGGAGGCCAAGGAGAGAGCUGCGGCCAAUAAGAUUGUGCGUCGCACGGAGAAGAAGCUGAAAGAGGUGUGCAUGCAGGUGGAGGACGAGCGUCGCCAUGCCGACCAGUACAAGGAGCAGAUGGAGAAAGCGAACUCUCGUAUGAAGCAGUUGAAGAGACAGUUGGAGGAGGCUGAGGAGGAGGCGACCAGAGCCAACGCCUCACGCAGGAAACUGCAGAGAGAACUGGAUGACGCUACUGAGGCCAGUGAGGGACUCAGCCGAGAGGUCAACACACUCAAGAGUCGCCUCAGACGUGGAGGACCAAUCAGCUUCUCCACCAGUCGUUCUGGGCGUCGCCAGCUGCAGGUGGAGGGUGCCUCCUUGGACCUCUCCGACGACGAGAUCGAAACCAACAGCAAGGCUAGCGAUGUAGCUAACGCCAACGCUAAUGAUACAUCCCCUGUCCCUCAGCCCGAAUAAAGACCCCCCCCCCCCACAACCACCCAUCCCUUUUCUACCCUUUCCCAGUCAGCCAGCAUGCAGCAUGGCUCCACCCCCUCCCCAGAAUUCCUCUGUAACUGAGACGCCGGCAGAAGAGACUGCUCUAUCGCCCCCUGGUGGUCCUCUCCCUGAGUUGCGGGGACCAACAAUUCUGCCUUAUUUCCCCCCCCCCGUUCUGGCAAAUUUACAGGGCCUUUCAAAAAAACCCGCGGACUCUAAACAAAACCGCAGAAUGCUUUCAGCUCUACACACAACACGUAGCUGCUGAUGACUGCGCUUGGUUCAAAUAAAAUAAAUCCAAAUUACAGGUACAUUUCAAUUACUUUUCGAGAAAGGAUAACAAACAAACAAAAACAAAAAAAAGAUACACGCCAAAUUGAAGCGUUAAAUACACGCGCAUCUGAAGCUGUGGUGUUUCAUCUCUCUUUCGGUUUUAUUUGUAGUAGUAUAACCUGUCCUCUUGGUUUUUUGUUUUUUUUUAAAUCUUUUGUUCCGGUGUUUUCUCACUGGCAGAUAUAGGUACAGCAUUUCUUCUCUGCAUAGACGGUUCUGGAAACUGUACCACGCUUUGGACCUCUUUGACUGAUUAAGCCUUUGAUCAUUCUGUUCUAGACUACAAACACCAGUGAGUGAUAGAUAGAUUGAUUUGGUUUUGGUUGACGAAUGGAUUGUAUAAUUGCUUGUAAAACUGGGGGGUGUUUUUUGAGCAUCGGACCGGACUGGAGUCAUUCACUUUGAAGUAUUAGACAGUGAAUUCUUUCUUCUUUUUUUUUUCUUUUUUUUUAACAUGUAUUCUCUGCUUUAAUUGGUCAUUUGCAUUUGACUCAGCAUCAGGUUCUCAAAUUCUGACCUUUAAAACAGCUCUGUAGAGGGGAGCAGGGUGUGUUGACGGUGCAUUUCGGGGCUUUCACAUCCCUGUGCAGGUCUUUGGAGCGAACGGGGCCCAAGCUCCAGUUACCCGCCUUGACACACGACAGUCAAAAGCCCGCGGACUGUAUCCUGCUCCCUGUCCGCAGAGCUGUCAUACGUUACAAUUACGACGAUUAAAAAAAAAAAAAAAAAGGUAAACCUGUGAUUUGUGGCGAGAGGCUAUUAAAACUCACGUCACCUAACAGUGUGACCGACCCUGAAACGCAUUCAGAUUAUUCACUGAAUGCUACAGUAUUCACUUCACUUAAAUGAAGCAGACAAACAAACUCAAGCCUCUCUCCUUUACGAGCCGCAUUACAUUUACUCCACCGCGGUUUCUCUCAGACUUCAUAUACGAGCGGUUAAACUCUGAAAGACUGUUGCUGAAAUGACUUUUUUUUUUUUUUUUUUUUUUUGCUCCCUGAAAGCCACUGUGAGGUGUAAUUCUCAGUGGAUGAAGCUAAAUAGAGAGAGCGACUGACGCUAAAUGCCGUGAAUCUGCAUUUCACCACGUUCACAUUCUCACAUUUUCAAUGAAGCUUAGCAGUUCAACUGAACUCUUUUUUUUUUCUCUCAGUUAAACGUAAAUUGUUUUGAUGGAACAAUUAGGUGCAUCACUCUCCGUGCUUAAAAAUGCAUGUUUGAUAAUGGAGGUGAAAUGGGUUUUUUUUCUUCUUCUUCAGACGAUAAGUUUUAUUUGACACAAGUAGAUUUAAAUCCAUCAUCUGAAAACCUGAAACUGAUUUAGUGAACAUGUUUAAAACCUAUUUGGUACCACUUAGGCAGAUGUACGCAAUUUGUAUGUAUAUAUAUUACACACUUUCAGAAUGGAAGAAUGCAACGCAUAGGGAGACUUGUUGAGGCAUUUCCUACAUGUCGAUAAGUCCAUGACUUUGAAAUGUAAAAGAAACAUUUUGCUAGGGUUUUUUCUUUCUCUUUUUUUAAGUGCCUUAGUCACUAAAAGAAAGCAGAUAUCGUGCUGAAAAACAAAGCAUACAAAAUAAUUUGAUGUGAAAUUAGGUCACCUGUUUCUUGUUUGUGUUUUUUGUUUGUUUGUUUGUUUUUUUGUUUUGUUUUUUUAAGCCUUGUUUCAUAUCAUACCUUAUGCUCUUGGUAAACAGACGUUGGAAAUGUUUGAGAAAUCAGUGUUAAAACAGAGGGAAAUCUGGAACCCCCUGUGGCCUGGGAGAAAAGAUGAGGUUAAAAGCUUUAACAUCCGUGUGGUGGUUAUUGUUAGACUGGGCUGCUGUCAAACAAGUAUUCAACUACAAACAUCUCCUUUACUUUUCUUGUAUUCCUGUUACUCUCUAGACUAUUUUUUGUAAAAGACCAAUAAAUGUAA